ACCAGUUGCUACACUAGUAGUCAGGGUUAAGUUAAUAAAAAAGGGUCAGCGUUAAGUUAAUUUUCAGGUGUCGCCAUCUCGGUGAUAAUUAGUUUUCAGAGAAACUAGACAAUAGAGAAAUGGACAAAAUCAAAUUCGAUCUUAAAGGUACUUUUGUUUUUUGCUAGAUGGCGACUAUGAAAAAAAUCUCCAAUUUUCUUAACUUAACCCUGACUACUAGUGUAUCUGUUUUUAUUCUAAGUUGUUUGCUGUUAAUGUGUAUUUACAACUCAACCGUGUUGAUGGGUCGAAACUUGAUUUGUUGUCUUAUUUUUUCAAACUAUUGUGAAAAUAGGUUUUGUAGGUGAUCUGUCAUCAAUUUUCUACACCAAUUGUGAGUCUACGUAAGCAAUAACAGGAAAAAAAUCCAAUUUUGCAUCACAUUUAGGAAGUGGACUUUAAAUAAAGGUAGAAAUUUAAUGUAAAUACAAUAAAAGAUGAUUAAAGACAGGCUGGCUGCUCUCAAAGCGGCCAUUGCAGAAGACGAUGAAGUCGUUACUGUUGAAAUUGAAGAAAAUCAUAUGGAACAGUUUUUCCAAGAGGUUGAAGAGAUUCGUGAAAAUAUUGACAAAAUGCAAUCCAAUGUUGAGGAAGUUAAAAAAAUCCACUCUUCGAUACUCUCAGCUCCACAGACUGAUGAAAGAGCAAAACAGCAACUAGAAGAUUUAAUGGCUGAUAUAAAAAAAACAGCUAAUCGUGUCCGAGGGAAACUGAAAUCAAUGGAACAUGGUAUUGAUCAUUUGGAAAUUACCAAUGUGAUGUCAGCUGAUUUUCGCAUCAGAAAGACACAACAUUCAAUGUUGUCUCAAAAAUUUGUUGAAGUCAUGACAGAUUACAACAAAACUCAAACAGAUUACCGUGAAAGAUGUAAAGCAAGAAUCCAAAGACAAUUAGAAAUAACUGGUAAGUCAACAACCAACGAAGAGUUAGAAGAGAUGCUUGAAAGUGGUAAUCCAGCCAUCUUUACACAAGGUAUUAUGACGGAUACUCAACAAGCACGACAAACCCUUGCAGAUAUUGAGGCUCGUCAUGCUGAUAUCAUUAAAUUAGAGAAUAGCAUAAGAGAAUUGCAUGAUAUGUUCAUGGAUAUGGCUAUGCUGGUAGAAAGUCAGGGGGAAAUGAUUGACCGGAUAGAGUAUCAUGUUGUUCAUGCUCGUGAAUACAUUGAAACAGCCAAAUCGGAUACAAAAAAGGCUCGUGAAUAUCAAAGCAAAGCAAGAAGAAAACAAAUACUGAUUUUGAUAUGUUUAAUCAUAUUGAUUAUUAUUCUUAUUGUUAUAUUUUCAUCACUAUUCUGAGAAUCGUUGUUGCAUAGCUGAAUAUGUGGUAUUUCAACAAAAAAAUAAUGAUAUACAAAUCAACUUUAAACAACCAGCUGGUUAUUAUGGGAUCAAAAAUUAUACAGAGACACUUAACUGGAAGACAAACCUACAAAGUAACCAAAAUUGACAACUUGACAAAUUGAGAAGUUUUUUGAAUUGGAUCACUUUUCCUGAUGGAUCUUUAACUAUUAUCAUAAUCCUGGCUUCUUCUUUUUUUUGAUAAUCAUGAGCCAUGAAUGAACACCAUAGUCUCUUUCAAAUCAACAAUCAUCAUCACUGUCAUUAUACUAUCAUAGUCGUCGCCUUUACCUUUUAAACUAGUCAUUUCUAAUCAAUGUUUAUUGAGGCACCAAAUCACUGAGGAAGCCUUUUUUUCUGGUUGUGUCAACUGUUAUGAUGCAGUAAAAAUUCAUCUUCAAUCAUAAUUUAACUCUACUUCAUACUCAUAUCAACAUUCAUCAAUAUCUUUCAUGAUCAUCAUCCCACAAGAACAUAUCUCAUCCAAGUGAACCAACGGUCGUCCAAUCAUUGCCGUUAACCCAAAAUUAUUCUGGAUCUUCAGCCAAUCUCUUCUUCGCCCUUUACAAAAAAAGUGACCAAAAAAUUAUUGAUCCCAAAAACGUUUUCAUUGACAGAAAAUGCUGCAUGUUAAUUGACUCUCCAUGAAACUCAAUUUACUUGAUCAGAAUUUCUAUAUUACCCUAAGAGACUGGUUUAUUUUGGAAUGCAAUAACUUAUCAUACAAAUGUAAUGAUGUAUAUUCAUUUAUGCAUCUUUGCUUAUCCUGAUUCUCUGUAAAUCCUUUCCUUUUUCUUGUUAUCAUUUUAUGUUUCCUCUUGUAACUUACAGUUUCCUUUUCUUCCACCAUGCCAAUUAAUAUUAUUGUUAAUUUAUCACCAGUCAAUUGCAGUUAAUCCAGUCAAAUGAAGAUAUCUUGAUUUGCAUUUCAAAAGGACUCGAUCAAACCGAUUUCAAAGCUUCCUCCAAUGUUUAUAACAGACGAAACAAUUUUUAUUCAACAUUAACCGAUGCUGGUAAUAAUUUAAUCAUUACAAUCAACGGACAAGUCAAAAUUUCAAGUUUAACAAAAAACACAAAACCAAAGUUUACAUAUGCUAAGUCGUACAAGAUUUAAAUUAUAUUGUUGUAACUUUCAUUGAUUAUUAUUUUAUACAUGAAUCUAUGUCAAUCAAUAUAAUCUCAUGCUUUACAGAGCAUUUAAAUUGUAAAAAGUAAACCAAAAUUGUAAUGGUAAACAUAAAUCUAAUCAUUAAUUGUUAUUAUUAAUGUUGUAAAAUUAUAUUAUUCACUUUAUAAA